CCUGUCCUGCGCGCCGUGGGAAUUGGCACUAUCUGUUGAUGAACAGAUAGACGCAGCUGUUUUAGAGGCAUGCUCCGUUGAACUCAUGCCUCAAAAUACACCGGGCGUUGUCUUCCACCGAGUUGCGGAGCCUGUGCCUAGUUACUAAAGAAACUAUUCCUCCAAAAAAAAAAACCCUGCAGAAAGACGAGGGUGAAGACUGAGAGGGGCUAAAUUCAUGGAAGCGGAAAGGAGCGCCCUUAGCUGACCUGAGCGACCGUCGGUUACCGUGUGGACUUGCACUACUCUUGUUUUUCCAGAGGCCGAGGUUUACCUGACACUGGGUGCAGAGACAGAUCUUGAGCGGUCUUUGAUUUCCCUUGAGGUCCAAUGGAUGAGGAGGUGAAUCCGCUGGAGAGAGACCACUCUCUGUCUGUGGUUCUGCCAGGCGGGAUGGAGAAAAAUGCCACAGUGCAUGGAAGUAAACCUGUGAUGGACUUACUGGUGAUGCUUUGUGCGAGUUACCACCUGAAUCCUUCAGACUACACUGUGGAGGUCCUCUCGCCCAAUAAAAACAACAUCAGCUUCAAGCCAAACUCUCCUAUCGGCUCGCUGGAAGCCGAGAAGAUUGUGCUGAAACCCAGAGGGGUCGAGGAAAAGAUCAGGAGGCCCUACAUGCCUGAGGCAACUGUUCGUCUUUUGAUAAACUACAAUAAGUCCCAUAAGGCAGUGGUGCGUGUGAAUCCCAGAGCUCCUCUGGAGCUGUUGAUGCCAGCAAUCUGUGACAAGUGUGAAUUUAAAGCAGAGACGACCGUCUUACUGAAAGACUGCCAGUCCCAAGAGCCGCUGGAUCUGACCAAGUCCUUAAAUGACCACGGGCUGAGGGAAGUGUUUGCCAGAGACACAGCUGCUGUCACUCCAACAGAGGUCAUCUCACCACCUCCACUACAAGAUCUUGUGCAAGACACAAACCUGCCAAGGAAGGAGAGGAAACAGAAGGAAAACAAAGGAUUCCUCAGCUUAUUCAGAAGAAAGAAGAAAAAUCCUGAAAUGGAUGGGUCACAGAGUUCCCCGGAUUCUCCCGGUCUCAACAAAGAGCUGGCAGCUAGUACGAACUCACUGGGUGUCUACUGCUCUAACACCCCGCCAGCAGACAUGCCCAAGAAGAGACCAGCUCCGCAGCCACCCAUGGGUGUGUCCCAGAGCAUGCCCAACAACCUCAGCACCCUCCAUCUCAGUGGACCACAGAGCUCUACAGACUCUACCUUAAGGAGGACGAAGAGGAGGGCGCCGCCCCCUCCCUGUGCAAACGCACACCCGGCGGCGCCUGCAGACACAGAGGUUGAAGGGACUGUAAACUCCCUGCAUACUGUGGAGGAGCUGAGAGAAAGUGAGGAGUCAGACUAUGUGAACCUAUCACCAUCCUCAUCUUCAUCACAACCACAUCCACGCUCAUCACCCUCACCACCUUCAGUGGCUCAUCUGGAUGAAGUCAGCAACCCAUAUCUGCCUACAGAGGGGUGUGAAGGGAAAGAGUUAUCCCAUGCUUGCUCUGCUCUAGCCAAAAUCCUGACCACUUCUCUUUCCAGCGGCACACACGUCCAGCAUUUGAAGAACUCUGCCACCUUUCCAAGAUUACACAAUGGCUCAUCCUUUAUGUCGAUGACUCAGAAGAAUGCAGAUCAUGGAGAUUUGCAUGCAGAGCUUGAAUCUGUUCUCAAAUCUACCCCUUCCGCUGAGCCCGAGUGGGAGGAUCCUGCACAGAGGAAGGGUCUGACCACAUUCAAAGUGGUACCCUUGAAGAAGCAGAGUUCCUUUGAGGUGGAGCUCAACCUGGAAGUCCCAGACCAGUCCCAGAUAUCAGCUGACGAUAACACCGUCAGUGAAGCUUCUGCUGAGGCUAAGAAUAAUCAGACUGAGACCCAGGAGGAUCCAAGUUCCCCAGAGACCUCAGAGACUGAAAUACCCCAGCCUGAGUCAGAACUCUGUCCUGGUGAGGCUCAGUCCUCAAGUAGCCAACUUUCUCCUUUGCCUCCACCUCUGCCUGAUUCAGAAAAUGAGAGCUGUCCAAGCUCACCUCCCGCUGAGGCUGAGGAAAACCUCGAAAAGUCAAAGGAAGAGGAUGUACCUGCUGUGAAAUUGGAGUCACCACAAACUGAGCCACUGGACCACAGAGAUGAAGAACUUACCCGUGAUGAUAAUUUCAGCUCAGAGCUGGAGUGUGAAACUAUAAAAAGCCCUGUUGACCAAUCUCUUUGCGAAGAGGUGGACCAACCUCGUUCAGAGACUGAUGAGAGGGCAGCUGAGGAGGAAGGGGUUGAAGAGGAAGAAGAGGACAGUUUCCCUCCCCCUCCUCCACCUGUCUUCUUCUGUGAAGAGUUAGAAGGUAUGGAGGAGGCAAGAGAAGAUCCUGUUUCCUCCUCCCUGCUAUCCCCCGAGCCAUCAAGGUCUAUCUCCAAUGGACAAGGCGAAACAUUCAGCACGGGCCAUUUAGAUGCGCCUACCUCAGCCAUGCCUUACCGCUCUCCAAUUAGUCCAAAGUCUCUCAAGAUGAUUGGCACAGCCCCCUCCCGAUUUGCCCAGGCAGUGGCAUUGGCUGUCCAGAAGUCCCGCGUACAGAGUCAAGGAAAAAGCUUGGGGCAGCGUAUAUCCCAUGGCCUGCCCAGCACCCUCCCUACUCCCACAAGUCCACAUACCAAAACGGUGCCUGACUGGCUUCCUCACACAUUUGUGAAUGGAAGUUCCUGUUUGGGGUGAGGUCUCAAGGUGACGGGGGACAACACACUCACUGUGUGACCCCCAGAUAACUUCACCCAGAGGUCAGCUGACUCACUUCUCAGAGGAGUGGGCUUUGGCUGCAUUGCUUUCACUGGGAGGUUAAGAUCAGACUGAUUAAGUCCCUGCAUGUUGUAUGUUUAUAUCAGAAUCAACAAUGAUAAGAGCUGUGAUUUUUGCACACGACUCCCUGAGUUGUUUCAUUUAAUGUUUAACUCUGUGUUCACACAUUGAACAUAAACAUUUUCUGUUGUCGAGAAGGCCAAAUGUACAGGACAUGAGUUGUUUAUGUUAAAAUGUCCUGUUUUCUCAGUAUUUCCUUUUAAUUGUGAUUGAAGAUGUGCCAAGGCGGAUGUGAUACUGACGUGAGAGUCUUUUUUUCUUUCUUUUUGUGUGUGUGUGUUUGCUUGUCGAAGACAAAAGACAUUUUGUGCAUGCCAUAAUAAUUGUGCUUUUUAAGAAGAAUUUAUUUUCUCCUUCACUUUGUAUGCCAUUUUUGAAUCUUUCAGAAAUUAAUAAUGCAGUAAAGCACAUAAACCCUGAAGUCCAGACUGUUUGCUUUUUAGUCACCAGGUGGCAGAAGAAGCCUGUCUCUGAAAUGAAACAUCUGAUGAUAACCAUGUGUUAGGUAUUUUUCAUCAUAUGAUUUCUUGCAGAUUAAGUGACAGUAUGAGAUGUUUCUUCAAAUCACUCAGGGGGCAUGAAUUAAACGUUAUUAAAUAAUGAAAUAAACUCAUGUUUAGUUUUCCUCCAGCAUCUUUUGAAGUUUUCUGAAGGUCUGUCUCUAUCCAAGACUCCACAGUCAUGUCAAGGCCAUGCUCAGGGGUAAAGAGUACAUGCAGUAUUUAAUGUGAACAUGAUGAGAAUAUCCUGGGUUUCACGCAAGAAAAAAAGGAAAAACCAUCCUUGUUGUAAAUACCAAUUCUGUGCCAAGCAUUUCAACACCUUCCUGAAUAAACUCAGUCCACUUUG